UCGCGGGCUGUGCCGGCGGCAGGAGGCGGCCAUUUUCCAUGAGAGCGGAGUAGCCUCCGAGUUCCCUUUUCCCUCUGUCCAGGAAGAGCCCGGAAGGGCCGAGAAGCGAGGCCCCGGCCUGAGGCUGCGGAGAGCGGGGCCGGGAGUGGCGACGAUGUUUUCCUUCUCCACCACGGUGCAGCCUCAGGUAAAGGCCUCGCGGGGGGAGGGCGGGGAGUCUCGCUCCGGGAGGAGCAGCUAUUGUUCUGCGUAGCUACUCGGGCUGCUGGGAGAGCCGGGCCCAAGAUGUCGCCGGCGGCGGCGGCGGCCGCGGCUGGAAAGAGAUCUGGGGCGGAAGGAGAAGUGGCCGCCGGCUGGCCGGCCACUUAGAGAGAGGCGGGUUUCGCGCCGGCUUUUCUCGGGAGCGAGUCGAGGUUUCGCGACCCUACAAGAAGAGCCCAGCUGGAUCCUGUUUCGGAACAGACAGCUUCCUCUCACGAAGCCCGCAAACAGCCUCCGGAGGACAGUGGAUUGGCCUAGUAUCGAAUAUCCAGGGCUCUGCUGCUACUGAAUAUGGAGGUUCUGCUUAGCCACCCGUGUUUAAAAUCUCCGUGGGUCGCGGCGCCGUUCUCAAUGUUAUCACUUUCCCCUUUAAAAAAAGUAAUCGGCGCAGCAUGUCUUUGGAAAUUAAACCGUGACGUAUUAUUUCCAUUUGCCAGUUCGGACGCUGGUGCUUGUGAAUUUCAUUAGAAAAGGGACAGAUUACUGUAUUUUCCCGUGUAUAAGACUAUAUUUCCUCCCAAACUUUUUAAGUUUAAAAUUGGGGGUCGUCUUAUACACAGAAUGUUUAAAAUACUUAUUUCUUAAUUUGGGGCUCAAAAAAUUGGGGUCGUCUUAUACAUGGGAGCGUCUUACAGAUGGAAAAAUAUGGUAUCCAUGCACCUUACUGAGUGACAUUCAAUGUCAUGCAAAUAGACUUCUCUCAACCCCUUUCCCUACACAACCCUCCACAUCUGCACUGGAGGUCCCCCUCAAAAUAAUAAAACCUCUGAAACAGGUUUUGGGGGAAGAGCGGGGCUCAAUUCUUCCAGUCUGUUUACUCCUAGAAAAACACUAUUGAACUUUAUCAAAUGCUAAUAAAAUUAUGAAUCUUCGUUUUAGCCUACCUGCUUAAUUGUCUUUUUUCUGAACUAAAAAAGCCCAAGCACUUCAACUUUUCCUUAAUAGCAUUGUUAGACACACAAGUUCUAGGUAGGCAGGUCUUGGGUUUAAAGGUCAGUUGGGUUGGUGUACAGUAGAGAAUAAAGAAUUUUAUUAUCUGUUUAACAAAAUUUAGAAGAUUUUGUUUAGUUGUCAUGGCUAGCAACUGUUGGUAGGCUAAUCGUCCGUGAAUGCUUUAUAUGGUUUAAAUUGAUGUUACGUUGUCAUGUUUAAUGUCCUAACAUCUCAGAAAAGCAUCUGCACCCUUACUAUCUAAUGCUGUACACUGGAUGCUUGGGUUGCAAACGUGAUCCGUGUGGGAAGCACGUUCGCAACCCGCAGCCCCGCAUUUGCGCACGCGCGGGUUGCAAUUUGGUGCUUCUGCGCAAGCGCCAAAACCCAGAUGUAACCCAUUCUGGUACUUCCGGGUUCGGCACAGUGCACUACCUGAAGCGUCUGUAACCCAAGGUAUGACUGUAGUUGCCUUUUGAAGAAUUUUGUAUGAUGUAACAUUGUCCAUGGAUGACAUUUAUUGCAUUCCUAUGUAGAAUGCUUUUUUUGGGGGGGGGGCACUAAAUCAUGCACUUGAGUUGGGGGAAUGUUGAAAGCAAGAUGGGACACCAAACAGGUAUGUCAAGUUUCCAGUUAGAGUAGUAUGUAAAGAAAUGUGUUGUUGUUGUUUUAAAAGUCCAGUCGUACCUCUUGUUACGUCAGUCUCCGGUUGCGUGUUUUCAGGAUACGAACACGGCAACCCUGGGAGUGUAUAUUUCCAGGUUUUACCGUGCGCGCAUGCGCAGAAGCACUCUGAACUUCGCGUGUGCAGAAGCAGCUCUCUAGUUGCAGACUUUUCGGGGUGCGAACGGCACCCUGGAACAGAUCGAGUCCGUAACUAGAGGUACCACUGUAUGUUCUGUUUUGUUGAAGCUUAUGCACUUAAGCAAUUUCUUGUGAUCAGAAGAAAAGCCAAUGAGAGAUGAGCCCUGAAGCAAAAACAGUAGAAAUUGAUUCUUCUUUGAGAACUGCUGAAUGCACAGCUAGACAGAAAGAAUACUAAAUUACAUUGAACCCUGCCUUUUUGUAAAUAUCAGGAAAUUUGCGAGAGGCUGUUUCUCCUAAUAAGCAGGGCACUGGUUUCUUGGUACUGAAGGAAAUUAACUAUUUCCUUGCAAUAAUAUGUUUAUUCUUUUAAAAAAGUUGUUGCUUUGUGUUAUAGAAAACAUGCCCAAAGCAUUGUUGUUUUUAAAAAAAAAUAGGAAAAAAGAUUUGUUGUAAAAAUUCAGAUUAGAUUAACGUAGUCAUUUUAAAGAUAGUGCUUUCACAUAAACUUUCUUUUAUACUAGGUCACAGUUCCAUUGAGUCACCUCAUCAAUGCCUUCCAUUCACCCAUAACUCCAGCUCCAUCAUUUGCUACACCAUCUACCCAGUGUGUACAAAAGGAAGCAGCACCCGAACAUGAGGUACAGAAUAGUGAGGUAAGAAUCUUCUGAUAGGAGUGAUAGGUUUAUUUGUGUUCGUGUAUCAUUUAGCAUGAUUUAAAUUUGCUUGGUGCCUUACAUGUGGCAUAAAAAGGAAUCUUAUAAAGCAAAUUUUGAUACUCCUUUUAGUAUUCUAUACUGUGCUGUAACAAUCCAGAUGGAGUAGUAUUAUUAUAUACAAAGCUCUCCACUUAGUUUUGAAAAGAUAGAAUUUUCUGAUAUGCAAGUAUUCAUUUGUGCACAGCUGGUUAAAUAUUUUUUGUGCACUGCAGUUACAAAUAUAAUGACAAUUGUUAUUAAAUUUAUUACCCUGUUCUGCUGAAGUUGCCUUUUUGAGGAAUAAGACAACUUUCUUGGUCUCUAAGGUGCUACUGGACAUUUUUAAAAUUUUUUUGGAAGGAUUCUUUUAAAGACUUUUUUAGAACAAAAACUUUUUUUAAGGACUUGAUUCUUUUAAAGGAUUUUUUUCUGGGAAGAGCUUUUUUAAUAAUCUCUUUCAAGAUUUUAUUUAUUUUGACUACGGCAGACCAACACGGCUACCUACCUGAAUCUAGAGAUUUGGGGUUGGGUUGCAGUCCUGCAUGCAUUUACCUGAGAAUAAAGUUCAGAGUUAACAUGCAUAGGAUUGUAUUGCCAGUUACAGCAGAAAUUAUAACUCUUUGAAACUGUUAGUUUAUGAGGAUAACUGAUGUAGAGCUACAGCCCUUCAGUUUGAAUUAGCCAUGUAUAUUUUGCAAUAAGGUCAAUGAUAAUUUCUUGAUGUUUGAAACUGCACCAAAUAAAGGCUUUUAUUGUACAUAGAUACUACUUUCAUUUGCUUUGAGUAAAGAGCAGUGACUUCAACUUAGAAAUUGUAUUUUGGAAAUUAGUGACUGCACAGUUUAAACAAUUGAUGGAAAUAAGUUGAUAUUUUGAAUAGCCUUAAUGAUUGGGGCUUGCGGGAAUGAAAUGGGAAAAGUGUGUGUGUUCCAAUCUGCUUCUACUUUGGGGACCCUUUUUAGAAUCAUAAUAGUUGGACAUUUCUUCUCUUUUUCUUGUUUUGAGUAAUCUGAUGUUCUUAAACAUUUCCAUUCUUCAUCUCUUCUUUUUACAGCCAGUACUUAAUAUACGAGACCUAGGACUUUCUGACUUGAAAGCUAGCCAGUUUGAUGAACUAGUGGACAGGCUACUACCUGGCUAUCGUGUAGAAAACAAAAUCUCUUCACACUGGCAAACAUCGUAUAUAUCUGCACAGUCCUUCUUUGAAAAUAAGUAUGGUAUGUCUUAGGAUCUUAUGGCAGCGAAAAGUUGAAUCACUUACUGAAUUGAAGCCAAGGCAGCAUCACAUCCCACCUCUUAAUAUAUGGUUCCAGUGAGAUGCUUGCUUUCUGCUUCAUUUCCAUGCUUAUUUCUUCUAUGAGGCCUCUGUAAUGCAGGGAUGGCAAAGACAUUUCAACAUGAAUCCUCUUUCCCUUCUGGGCAUCCUUCAGGUGGAUGUAGGAGUGUGUGUGUCAUGCCUCUGCUGAGCAAGACCAGAGGCAAAAGUGGGCAGAGCAACAAACAUGAGUUUGUGCACCACAAAGUAGUUGCACAAUUGGGUUAUUAGACAUAAAACACAUAUUGAUCACAUCAGUGGCCAUAGUUAAGAGCAAUAAGAAACAUGCAAAGAAUGUGUGCACACCCAUUUAAUUCUAAAUGGGACUGUACCUGAACUUGGACAUGUAAAUAACCACUUCCCUGAUUUCAUAUGGUGAGUAAGAACUUUCUUAAGGCAACUGAGUACUGGAGCUUUUAUAUACUUAAAUAAGUGAUUCUUUUACAGGCUGUUGAAAUACUAUUAAGUACCAACGUAGUUCAGUGUGGGCUAGUAAACAUUUUUGUGGACCUUUUUUUCAGGGCUGCUUUUCAUAAUAUUACAGGGACUGAAUAAAAUAUUAUUUGCAGCCUAAGAAUGCAAAAAGCAAUCUUGUUCCCAAGAGGAAGCUCUGUUAAUCACAGCAGAACUCACAGAUAAAUGUGGAUAGGAGCAGCAUGUUCAUUUGAGAGUGAAUCAGACUGAUUAACUCUCAAAUGAACUUAAAAAUGUGAAGUUUAGACUAUAUGGAAUUGGCGGAAAUGACUGGCAGAAUCCGUGACCAGGGAGAAGAGUCGGUGGAGGAAGAUUGGAAGAAAUUUAAAGAUUAUCUACAGAAACACUGCAAAAUUAAAGAAUGUUAGAGUGAUGUUGGACUAAAAAUAAGUGGUUUCCAGCUGUACAGGAUUUAAAGUUAUAGACAGACUAAUUAAAGAUUAGGAUUAAAAAAGUUGAAGGAAAUGGAAAUUUGGUAUUUAAGAGGUAAAAUUUUUAAUGAUAUAUUAUAUUAAGAUUAAAGAUUGGGAUUAAAAAAAGUGGAAAAGAAAUUGCUGGACAAACAACUUGGACUGGAAUACAAAAGAGGGAGGUAUGGGGAGGUCCAGAAAAUAAGUAAAUUCAAAAACGGAAAUGGAAAGGUGAUAUUGUUUUUUAAUUGUUCUGUUUCUUUCUUUCUUUCUUUUUUUCCUGUUUUUUAUUAUGUAUUGUGUAUUUGUGUAUUUUUUUCUAUGUUUUUCUGUUUAAUCUUUCACUGAAAUUUUAAUAAAAAUCAUUAAAAAAAAAUAAAUUAAAAAUGUGAAGUUUAUUUAAGUUAUAUAUGUUUUGAAAUAGAUUUUGGAGACUCAUUUUAUCCUGUAAAAUAUUUUAAACCUAUAAAGAUUUUCUAAAGCCAUUGUUUAGCUUAGUGAUUGCAAAAAAAAAUUAAUGUUUUUAUGGUAACUUCCUAGGUUUCGCAGAUGUCUUUAGUGUCUUGCGCUCAUCUUACCUGUACAGACAGCAUCCUAGCCCCCUCCAGAGUGUAUGUUCAGAUCUUCAGCGUUGGCCAGGUAUGAAGUAAGAAUAUUCUUCUUGAUUAAAUUGAUUUAUCUGGCUGAAGAACGUAGUAUAUACUACAAGAUGAAUCCUGAGUUCCCAUCAGUGGAACUCUGCUCAUGUGAUGCUUAUUAGAGGAAGGAGGUUAUUCUCCCUGACUAAUUCCUGUGCCUCUGAAAAGCUGUUCCAGAGGGUUGGAACUUAUCCCUGCUUCACAGGAGGUGGACCUGGAGGCUGAGAAUGGGACAACUCUGGAUCCAACUCUCUAAAAUUACAUAUUAUUUAUAUGAUAUAGAUGAAAGUAUUUAGCAUUUGAACAUAUUUAGAGUAUAUUAUUAUCUUUACUCAGUAGUCAUAAUAAUUAGUUGUAUUUUUGAAAUUUUACUUUCAUUGCCAGUGGUUAAUGUAACACUUGUAGUGACUGACAGUCAAGCCUUCUCAGAUUUCUGUUUCUCACAAGUUUAGAAUUCUCGACUGAACUUCAUUGAAGGGAAGGGAGUUAGUAUAUUACCUAACUAGCAAUUGCCUAACUUGCAACUGAUGCAGGUACUCUUAUUUGUCUGUUAUUUACGGUUUCUACGAAGUUUGGAGACUCCACAGGAGCUUUUGUACAUAUGAAUGUUCUGUAUUUAGCAAGAUCUUAGAACGUAUACAUUUCCAAAAUGUCCUUAAAAAUUGCUUGCCGGAAUAGAGUGAAUUGUUGUUGCUAUAGGAUGGCGAGUGUUGCUAUUCUUUUAAAUAACAUAACUGGGAUCCAAAGAGCAGCCUGAAGGGUGCUUAAUGGGGGGCUGAAUUUUCAAAUUUGAACAGCAGCCCCUUCCCUUUUCCCGUGCUGUAUUAAGCUGCUUUGAAACUCCAGAUAUUUUUGUAUGUGAUUGCUGUACAGCAUGGAGGAGUACUGUUUUGGGGGAACUACUCAAAACACAGACACACCCACCCACACCCACACAAAAGCACAGAACCUGGUGUUUGGCUCUUUGCAUAGGCUGUGUUUCAGGACUUACACUAAAAAAUUAAGUAAGGAAAGAAUUUGCAUAAGAACUUCUGUUACGUUAUCUUGAAACAAUGUGUUAUGUGUUUUAAGUUUUUAUUCAGACACGAGGUUUUAAGACACUGAAAUCAAGAGCAAGACGGCUGCAGUCUUCAUCAGAACGAUUAACAGAAACAGAAAAUGUAGCGCCCUCAUUUGUAAAGGCAAGUCUAAAGAUUUGUGUGUUCCGAUCAUAACCUCUUCUGAUGCCUGUUUUAUACAGUGUCUUAAAAAAUACCUGACCCAUUAAAAAUUGGAAGCCAAGUCCCUCUUCUCAGGCGUUUGUAGACUGAAGUAAUUGAGGACAGGUAAAAGGUGAUUGAAAGGGAGGGAUCAGGAAGAGAUAAGGGAUUUAUGAAUCAUGAUGGUAGUUGUUAGAAAGCUGAUGUAGGAAAAGAUGGGUAAAAGGGAUAAUUGCUGAUAGGAGGUAUACAAGCAGAAUCCUUCUGAAAUACAUAGAUGACUAACUAUAUACCUUUUCACAUCUAGAAUGUUAACAAUUUCAGCUGAAUGAUACUGUAAUCCAAGCACUGUAAAAUCCAACAGACAAGAAUGUCCUGGAGACUGAUGGAUAGUGAGAUUUCACUGUAAUUACCGUAUUUUUUGCUCUAUAAGACUCACUUUUUCCCUCCUAAAAAGUAAGGGGAAAUGUGUGUGCGUCUUAUGUAGUGAAUGCAGGCUGCGCAGCUAUCACAGAAGCCAGAACAGCAAGAGGGAUUGCUGCUUUCACUGUGCAGCGAUCCCUCUUGCUGUUCUGGCUUCUGAGAUUCAGAAUAUUUUUUUUCUUGUUUUCCUUCUCCAAAAACUAGGUGCGUCUUGUGGUCUGGUGCGUUUUAUAGAGCGAAAAAUACGGUAUUUGAAUUGCUGCACAGAAUUCUAGGUUGCUGUCCAGUUACAGUAAUCUGCUUGUACAACAGACUUUCGCUCACACCAACUUUCCAUUCCUCCCCACUGUGGCCUCCUGCUCUGGAGGGCUCCCCCGCCCCGAGCAGGAGGGGGUGCUUCAAGGUGAAGGACAGAAAAGGGAAGUCUCGUCACAUCCACUGCCACAAGGUUGGCUCUCACCCUGCAUGAUGCACUUGCGAGCCUUUCCCUUGCAAGUGGUAGCAUUACUACUCUAAUUAUCCAUUCAUAUAAAAUGGAAAAGGUCAAUGCAUGCUGAACCUUAAGAGAGAGGAGAGUGCUCUUCUGCUCAUGUUCUGUCCCUGUUUCCCACAUGCAUCUGGCUGGCCACUGUGAGAACAGGAUGUGAGAAUAGGUGACCUGAUCCAGCAGGCUAUUCUUAUUAUGUGCCCCAAAAUCUGACCCCUGAUUUAAAAACUAAUGCAAGUGUUUUCUCCAUCAACUCCUUAGGGUCUCCUACUGAGAGAUAGAGGACCUGAUGUUGAAAGUGUAGAUAAACUAAUGAAAACAAAAAAGAUACCUGAAGCUCAACAAGAUGCCUUUAAAACUGGAUUUGCAGAGGGCUUUUUGAAAGCACAGUCACUCAAUCAACGUAAUGGUUUGUUUGUCUUAUUCAAAGUGUUCUGUUUUGUAUAUGCGGUGUUAGAAUGGUGUUACAGGUCACAUUACACGGUAAAUGAACCCCCUUUGUGCCGUAUCCAUAUAUGGUAGAAAAAUAAGAAUUAGGCAGCAGGUUCUUCAUUGUCAUUGUCCCACAAUGUCAUUCCCUUAUGAGUUAGUCUAGCUGAUUGUCAGUUUCCUUGGAUUUUAUACCAUACAAAAAUUGCUUGCCUAAUAUAUAUUUUGCUUCUUCAGAUUCCAUAAGACGAAACCGUUUCUUUGUCCUUGUUCUGAUCCUGCUUGGCCUUUAUGGUUUGUCGAAAACUCCUUUUUUAUCUGGUAAAUGCCCCUUUAUGGAUACUGGUUUGUUAACUUUUCAUUCUUCUUUAAUCUUUCAUUUCCUGUUUUGCUUUGUAAGGCUAGUCUGUUAUUUUAAGUCUAGAUUAAAAUCACAAGUUGAAUGAACUCAAAAAGUGGUGUACGCUACUCCAGGUGAAAACAUCUAGUGUUCUUUUCUCAGAAAGGAGUAAUAGUUGGGAAAAUAUAUCUUAGUAAAAUUUGAACAAGAACAUUUCAUAGGCCUCACUUUUCUUAGGACAGUUGAAUAGUUCAUUUUAGCAGCCUAAGUAGUUGUGUCUCCUACUGCUUUUCAGUACAGUCGUACCUUGGUUCUCGAAUGGAAUCCUUUAGUUUCUCAGAUCAGACCAUUAUUUUUAAAGACAGAGUUGUAUAGAUCUAGUGUGUCAUAGAAUUACACCUCUGGAUAGUUCUUCAACAUUCUUCCAACCCAAGUAAGUUCUUGCAUUUCUUCCAGAAGCUUUGGCAAAACGUUGGCAGUGAGUUCAGUAAUGGGUCAUUGAGAGUUCUGCAUUGUAGAGAUUUGGUGUGCAGGUGAUAUGAUUCAGAUGUUGGAGAUGGGCGUGGGGGUACACUGCACAAGUCUUCAUAGGUAUAAAUAUCUGUUUAGCUGGGACUCAGUGAAUGGCCUGAUAGUAUUUGAUGCUGAAUCAUUACUGCAGCUAAACAGAUGUGGGCAUAGUCAGUUCUGAGAGCCACACGUUAGAGUACGAUACAUGUGACCUAAAGAAUUUGUUUUUUAAAGAAAUGCUUAGUUGAACAUUGGUAGGCGCAAAAAUUGCUCUGACAAAUGAUACUGACAAAAUGACUUGUCAGUACAUUAAUCUGUUUUAACCUUUGCUUUUAGUGCGUUUUCGAACAACUUCUGGGCUUGAUGCAGCUGUGGACCCUAUUCAGAUGAAAAAUGUUACCUUUGAACAUGUCAAAGGGGUAAGUUCAAAUGCUUGAUGUCCACCAACUAUUGAAUUGAAAUUCAUUUAUGUAAUAUAUUGAUAUACCACACAAUACUUAAAACAGUUUAUAAGCAAUUUACAAAAAACAGCAAACAGUGACACACGGAAGCCACAGUGUAAUGCAAUGCAAAAUUUGAAGAAAACUGCAACAGAACGCUAUAAAACAUAAAUCCAAAAACAAGCACAGCAGCACAUGUUGAAACAUUUUUAGGGUACACAAUCCUUUCCUUCUUGAGCCUUCCUCCUGCUUGUGACUGACAAAUAUAGAAACCACUGCCUGUGAAUGCACCCUGAGCUCACACACAUCCGCAGACUACUGGCUUUUCCAUUCGUAUGGAUCAUGGAAUAAACCCAAGAUGAAUAUUGGAGUGGGUCUACCAAUAUAGUUGGAUAGUGGCCUCUCACACUAGCUUUUCUUCCUAUAAUACUUGCCAAUAUAUGAUGUGCCUCUUGUGGCUCAGCUUCUGGCAGCUUUAUCUUUGCUGUGCCAGGAACUAUUCCAUGAUGAUGCAGUGUAGUGUUGCCAGCGUAGGUGGCUACAUUCUCCAUUUGCCUCCUGUAAUGACUAAAUUCCCCUCUGUUGAUUUUCACAAAAGAAUUACCCGUGGAAAACAAAUUCUACAGAUGGAUCCCUGUUACUUUUUUAUAAAUCAGACUAAACAAACUACUGCUUCCUUACAUGCACCUCUGAGUAUUGUGUUUUCUCUUAAAUUGUUCCAUCAUGGUCUUACAUGUGAUCACAAUUGAGGUUUAAUUGCUUUUUCCCCUCAGCACUGUACUCUGAUAAAUUAUGUAGGAAUUAGUUCUUUUUUCCCUUUUACAGUUCUAGAGGUUUUACCUAGUAUAUGUUAUUAACUGUAUGCCUUGGUUUUUCAGUAAAUGUUUUAUGUUAAAUAAACAUAGGCCAGAGACCAGUGUAGUUCUGUGUCUGUUGUCCAGUGGGACUUUGGACUUUACUUUCUUAAAAUAGCAGACUUCCUCUUGCCACAGGGCAAACUGCUUUGGGAAACAUGGGAGUUUCCAGGCCAGCUGACUAUACAGCAGGGGGCCUUGUAUUUUAAAAGAAAAAAAGUUAUACUGGGGGUGCGCACGAGCCUUUGGCUGUGCUUAAAAAUAGCUCAGGAUUGUGACCAUAAGUCUACCUAAAGCUAAUUUGGCCAAAUUAUAAAACCGGUCUUCUAAAAAUGUUGGCAUAAUAUAUUUAUUUUUAAAUUUUAAUUGAAUGAAGGUUGAAGAAGCAAAGCAAGAGUUGCAAGAGGUGGUAGAAUUCUUGAAAAAUCCUCAGAAAUUUACUGUACUGGGAGGAAAACUUCCUAAAGGUAAGUGUGAGCUUUUGAUUAUUGACAGGUGCUUUCAUGGGGGUGUUCAUACCACUUGUUACAUUGCAGUCCUAUUUGAUUUAUGUCAGGCAGGUAAUAAUGUGUUGUCCCUGAGAGGGAUAUGUAACCUCAUGUGCCUCUUUCAUGAACAUCGUUAAAAUCCUACAGCAGGUAUUCCUCCACUGUCAGAGGCAUUCCAUAGGAUCCCCUCACUCCCCCAACACACCCCUGCAUUGUGGGAUAAAUUAUACCAGUCCUGACAUACUGGGAAGGAAACAAAAAGAAAAAAGAAAAAAAAGAAAGAAAACUGCAAAGGGAAAGGAAGAAUAUAUCCAAAGCAGGCAUAGAAAAAGGCAGUUUGUCUACCUUUGCUGCUACUCUUUUUGGAUUGCUCUGCCCUUUGUGUCUUUUAAAUUUGUAUUUAGUUCACCCUCCCCUUUUGUAACUCUUGUGAAUUAACUUUUUUCACUCAGGGGAGUGUGUUUGUUGUCCAGAUUUUCUUUAUGUAUACUCUUUGUAUUGGGUGGGGAACCUCUGGCCUUUGGGCCUAAUUAAGCUUUGCCAUUUGGCCCAACAGCCUAAUAACCUGACAUCAUGUAUGAUAUCAGAACCGGUGUGGGCUGGUAAAAAGGUAGCUGGGCUCUUCCAAAAAGGGCUUCUGAAGUUUACAAAGAGCAGCACAGGGUUCUUUGCAAGCCCUGGGUGAUGCUUUGAAAUCCUGACAGCUGAUUGUUGGGGUUGGAAGCGCUGUGUCACCUGACAUUGUGAUGUUAGGUGAUAGACAGAUGGGUGGUCCUGCCCUUAUAUUAAAUACCUGCCAGAUCCAGAUCCACAUCCCUAGCCUGCAUCGUUGUCCUCCUUCUAGCUGGGCUGAAAUCUGCAGUGACUAGAAUCACUUGUUGAGAAAUUAUAAAAAUUGGGGUAAACAUGGGUGAUAAUCAGUUCUCCAUAUGCUUUGUCAUAAUUUUAUUUCAUUCUUUCACCAGGUAUUCUGUUGGUCGGACCACCGGGAACUGGCAAAACUCUUCUUGCCAGAGCCGUAGCAGGAGAAGCUGAUGUUCCAUUCUAUUAUGCCUCUGGAUCGGAAUUUGACGAGAUGUUUGUUGGCGUUGGAGCCAGUCGCAUCAGAAACUUGUUUAGUAAGUACAACUUAGUUUUCCCUUGAACAUCGGCUAUUUUCAUGAAGACAUGUAUACCUGAAGGAGCAUCUCCACCCCCAUCGUUCACUGAGGUCCAGCUCCGAGGGCCUUCUGCCAGUUCCCUCAUUGCAAAAAGUGAGGUUACAGGGAACAAGGCAGAGGGCCUUCUUGGUAGUGGUGCCUGCCCUGUGGAACACCCUCCCAUCAGAUGUCAAGGAAAUAAACUAUCUGACUUACAGAAGGCAUCUGAAGGCACCCCGUUUAGGGAAGUUUUUAAUGUCUGAUAUUUUAAUGUAUUUUUAACCUGUUGGCAGCCGCUCAGAGUGGCUGGGGAAACCCAGCCAGAUGGGUGGGGUAUAAAUAAACUAUAUUAUUAUUAUUAUUAACUUAUUUCAGGAGUGUGGAUGAACACACUUUGAAAUCUAGCAGUUUCUUAUUGAAUAAAUGCUCUUAAGUCUAAGCUCUCUAUUAAAAUAAAGAAGGCUGUAGCAGGCAUCAGGAAAAUUCAAAAACAUUCUCUUAUUAUUAUCAUUAUAUUAAAAGUCUGAAUUCUGUCUGAACAGUUGUAACCCAAUAUACGUAUGUAUAUAUUCAUUGCAGUCUGGACCUUUAUCAUGGGCCCAUUGUUUUAUCCCUAAUUCAGAGAACAGUUGUUUUCCUUUUGACUGUUUUCUAGCUAAAAUAGCAGUAGAAACACCGAAAAGCUAUUUUUCUGGAAAAGUGCAAUUCAUGAGGGUAGCCAGAAUAAAUUUGUGAAUCUCAUAUUAGAAAUGUGUGACUAAUACAAAAUGGUGUUUGUAGUAUGAAGAAAUAAAUUUGACAUGUUGCAUUCUUAGGGGAAGCCAAAGCAAAUGCACCAUGUGUUAUAUUCAUUGAUGAGCUGGAUUCUGUUGGUGGCAAAAGGAUAGAGUCUCCAAUGCAUCCCUACUCAAGACAGACUAUAAAUCAGCUCCUUGCUGAAAUGGAUGGGUAAAUACUAAUUUUCUUUCUGAGCCAAGGGAUUAUCUGUUAUAUAGGAACAUCACAAUAAGGAGAAUGAGCGUGGGGUUCAUAGGGAGAGGUGUGUAGCCCCCCCCCCCCAGCAGUAAAAUAAUUUGAAAUCUGAUAUGUCACUUGGAAAGAAUAUCAUAGCCAUUUAAGGCAUGUUCAGAUGCCUGGUAUCCCCCUAUAUAGCAGGGUAGCCAAGCCCUGGGAAACCCCAGAUUACUAUACUUUAUACAGUUUAUACUGAUGCUGCUAUUCCAACUAGUUGGUAAGCCUGCAGCACCCUCUUCUUUCUUUGACCAGGGCACAAAGUGGUUGGUAUGCAGGCAAGGAUUGUCUAGGUGCACAGCACAGCACACAUAGUUUAGUUAGUAGGGAUGAUGCCUUGGUGGUUACACUAGAGUAGCAGGUCUACUGAUCAUGCUUUGGGCUGGUGUCACUAAUUACAGCCUACCUACAAGCCUGUUUCAUCGAGCCAUUUGCCUUGAUCACUGCUAAUCCAGAUUUAGGACAUGUCACUCACAACUAAGCUUUCAAAUUUGCAGCCAUAAGAUGGCCAUGAAAAGAGGAUAGAUUGUGAGUUCUCUGAAUACCAGUUGCUGAGGGGCAAAAAAUGGGAGGGCAUGCCCUACUGCGAGGCUUCCUAGCAGCAUCCAGCUAGCUGUUGUUGGAAAUGGGAUUUUGAUUCACUGGACCUUUGGUCUGGUCUAGCAGGUCUGCUCUUACGUUCUUACUAGUAUUCUUCUGGCAUGCCUGCAGAUUUCCAAACAAAUGGAUGAGCCCCACUCUGGAGCCUUAGAUUGCUUUUGAGUCAUGCCCAAUAAAGGGCUUGCAGUGUGCGUUAAGCCCUCACUGGACUGCAUGGACAUUGCUGUACUCAUUGUAAGAACAGAGAAACUCUUCACACCGAAGUAUAUUAACAAAAGCUCUUCUCUCUCUCUCUCUCUCUCUCUAGCUUUAAACCCAACGAAGGCGUCAUUAUCAUUGGUGCAACAAACUUCCCUGAAGCCUUAGAUAAGUAUGUGUGUGUGCGUAUAUAUGCAUAAAACGUAACUUUGCAUGGUUUGAUUUUGUGCAUAUAUGACUUUGAAAGCGUAGGUCAGUAAUAGCUAUUAAAAUUUACAAGGUACUAUUCUUGCAUCAUGUCUAUAUUUUUAUCUUUGAAGGCAGCACUCAGAAGGACUAGCCCCUUCUAGCUAUCAUUAUCCGGAACAGCAAAAAUGACAGCAAUGGCAGCCGGAAUGUAUCUAUGAAGUGUUGGUUCAUAAAGUACCUUUUGCCUUGGGGGUUCCUGUAAUCCAAGGAGGGUUGUGAGGAGGCCAUUUGCUUGUGUGAAACAAUCUUUAGUAGGUCAGAAAUAUAUUAGCUGCUCACUUUACCCCAUCAUGUUCUUAACUCUUAAAAAAAUAAAAAUCUUUUAAGUCAUCUGGUUAGCAAGGAUCUUAAAUAUAUUGAAUCAUUCACAGAAUUGUUUUUCCUCCCCAAUUAGUGCUUUGAUACGUCCUGGCCGCUUUGACAUGCAAGUUACAGUCCCCAGGCCAGAUGUCAGGGGCCGAACAGAGAUUCUGAAAUGGUACCUGAAUAAAAUAAAGUAUGAUGAAUGUAAGUAUAAAUACGCAACUGUUAUCUUGGGGGCAGGCAAUACAGAAAGUUGUUGUAGAGUGGCUGUAAAUUUUAAUCUGUUUCUAAGUCGCUCUGUGACCUCUCUAAUUUAGAUUUGUGUUUUGAGUUCUGAAUCGCCUUGAAUAAAACAAAUCUCUCUGUUCCCCUUUCACUAUACUGAGGAAUCUGAAAUGGCUAUAGCUUUUUUCCCCUUUUGGCCAAAGUGGAUGAAAUUUAGGGCGCAUGACCUAUUCCAGUGGAUUAGGUAAAGGUAAAGGGACCCCUGACCAUUAGGUCCAGUCAUGGCCGACUCUGGGGUUGCGGCGCUCAUCUCGCUUUAUUGGCCGAGGGAGCCGGCGUACAACUUCCGGGUCAUGUGGCCAGCAUGACUAAGCCGCUUCUGGCAAACCAGAGCAGCGCACGGAAAUGCCAUUUACCUUCCCGCCGGAGCAGUACCUAUUUCUCUACUUGCACUUGACGUGCUUUCGAACUGCUAGGUUGGCAGGAGCAGGGACCGAGCAACGGGAGCUCACCCCGUCGCGGGAAUUCGAACCGCCAACCUUCUGAUCAGCAAGUCCUAGGCUCUGUGGUUUAACCCACAGUGCCACCUGUGUCCCUUUCCAGUGGAUUAAAGCAUGCUAAAUUGCAAGCAAAUACGUCCAGGGGCUUUUUGAGAGGUGGGGGGAGUAAAACAGAUUUAUUCUGCCCCCCCCCCCCCAUAAUCUAAUUGGGUGGUGGUGGAUAGGGAAUAAUGUCUUAAUAAAGAAAGCAUAACUGUUGAUGUGCUUUAGCAAAGACCAUUCCAAGCUCUUCAGUACUCCACAGGCAACCUUUUGGACAGCCUCACUAUUUUCAAUGUCCACAAACAUAUAGGAAAAUAUGGAGCUAUAAGGUAAAAGUGUAGAAACACAGCAACACAAGACUUUGUAGAGGAUCUGAUCUGUCGGUUUAUUGACAUUGUACUUUGAUGUGGGGACGGGAGGAAAACCCCAAAUUCACUCCAGUUUUUGGCCCACACACAAAACCCCUAGUUAUUACAUGCUUGUGAUUGAAAUUCAGAAUCUUGUCACCAGUGGGAGCCAGAGUCUUUGAUUCUGCUUACAGUAUUGCUUGAAUAAAUCAGUGCUCUGUUCUUGAUCCAUAUUGUGAUUAUAGUGGCAAUAAAAUUAAAGUUCGCUUUAAUGUGAAAAGCAGAUUUAAAGAAUAUUAAUUUCUCAGAUUAGGUUGAUAUAGGACUUUGUGUGUGUGUCUUACUGCAGCUAUUGAUGCAGAAAUCAUUGCAAGAGGAACGGUAGGAUUUUCUGGAGCUGAAUUAGAAAACCUAGUGAACCAAGCUGCAUUGAAAGCUGCGGUUGAUGGGAAGGAUAUGGUUACUAUGAAGGAGUUGGAAUUCUCAAAGGACAAAAUUCUUAUGGGUAGGCUAUUUCUGAAUUUGAAUUUCUGAAUUCAGCGAGGUAAGUAUUUUGACCUUGGGCACUUCGUUGGAGUUAAGUUACAAAUACAGCGCUUACAUGCUACACUGAGGGUUUUUGGGUUUGCAGAAAUACAAAAAAGGGGGGAACCCCCAAAUAGCCCAGUGAAGACAGAACAUGCCCAAAAGCCCUGGAGCUCUGAUUGGUGGUUGACUAUUGAGAAUAAACAAUAGCAAACUGUGGGGCGGGGUGAAUGGAAUGGAGUAUUCUGGAACGGAGUAUCUUGGCUGGCACCUUGAGAAGAGCAUUCCCCAGUGCCGUGUUUUGCUUGUUCUCCUUGGAUAUACUAAUAGCAAAAUUUAGUGCUGAGUUAUGGCUGUGGAGCCCAGGUGGGACUUCUGAGCAUGCGCAGGGGAAUCUCAAGGUUUGAAGAAGUAGAAAAAAUAUUUAGGGAGGAAACAAAUAACGGGACAAAAAACCCUUCAGAAUAGUUCAGUGAGGACUGAGCCUACUAAGUCUCCACUUCACUGUCUGCAUGGUGGUGAGAAAAGAAACAGGGUUGUGGGUGUGAGUGUGCAUUAUGAGUAGAAUGGAGCAUCUGCUUGCAUUUGGUCACUUUUCAGCUUCUGUGAUUUCCUUUCUUUGAUUUCAGGCCCUGAGCGUAGAAGUGUAGAAAUUGAUGAUAAGAAUAAAACAAUUACAGCCUAUCAUGAAUCUGGGCAUGCCAUCAUUGCAUACUAUACUAAAGAUGCGAUGCCAAUCAACAAAGCUACCAUUAUGCCACGAGGGCCAACACUCGGACAUGUGAGGAUUUUGAUUUUGUAGAGAAUACCCACUUUUGACUAGACUUUGACCACUUUACUGCUUUACUUUUUCAACAGAGCUGAUAUCAAACACCUGGCAAUAUAUUUCCAUAGUAUAAUGCAAUUGAAAUGAGAACCUGGUUGGUUGCCGUGGCAUUCGUAACGGAGGUUCACCUUCAUUACAUAGGCGCCAGGCGAAACUUUUUCUCUAUAACCAAGCCUUAGGCUGAUUAACAUCCUGCGGCCUUUUAAAUGUGUUUGAGGGGAGGAUUUACUGGUUUGUUUUUGUUUUCCUAUGUAUUAUAUGUUUUCAUUUUGUAUCUUUAUGAUCUGAACCACCCUGUGAUCUUCAGUUGAAGGGUGGUAUACAAAUUUAAUUAAUAAUAAUAAUAAUAAUAAUAAUUGCCAUUUUAGAAAUGUAUUAUAUACACCCUGCAGUGCUGUCAGUUCAAAAAAGACAUCCACAUUGUGGAUGAAAACAUUCAUUCAUCUGGCUCUGCUGCAUUUUGAACUUUGAGACUGUAUUGCCCAAAUACAUGCACAAAAUUGUUUCAUAGCAGAGUUGGAGGUUUCCUACUCCUGCUGCAGGGGAUGUGUGUAGAAGGUCUGUUACCUUUAGUGUACCGUAAGCCAAGAUUGGCCAUCAGCAAAAAGUUGCUGUUGAUUUGUUUCUCACUAAGAUACUGCAUGACCAUGACAGGUCCGGACAGAGCCUGCAGGACUGCAGGUGUCUACUCUUUGGGAAGCAGGUUUUAGUUUGGGGUAGAGAAACCAACAAACGUCUCAGAAGAGUAUCACGGCAGUUAGUAUCCUCCAACUCGCCUUUGUUUCAAGAUUGUCAAAGCAACUACAAAGUGUAAUUUACUAUUUUCGUGAACUUUAAUCUCUGCUCACACAAUUUUGUAUUAAAGGUGUCUUUGCUGCCAGAAAAUGACAGGUGGAGUGAAACUAGGUCCCAGCUGCUUGCCCAGAUGGAUGUUAGCAUGGGAGGAAGAGUUGCAGAAGAACUUAUAUUUGGGGGUGAUUACAUCACAACAGGUCAGGAAAACCCUGAAAGAAACAAGAUUAGUAUUCAAAAUGUUUAACUUCUAAAUCGGAAUUACUUUUGUAUAAUUUCUUUCGUUGUUGUUCAUUUAGGGGCUUCUAGUGAUUUUGACAAUGCUACUAAAAUAGCAAGGCUCAUGGUGACUAAGUUUGGAAUGAGUGAGAAGGUAAGAUCUAAAUAUCUCCUGUUUGAGUUUUGGAUGCUGUCCUCUUUUCUCUCCGCAUUGAUUAGGAGUCCUUCAGGACGUGGUAUCAGAUCCUUGUAUUAAAUUGCUGUUAUCCCUCUCUGGAUCUUUAGACAGUAGUGUAUUAUAAAGCGAAAUUUACGUUACAAAUUGAAAAUGUGUAUGUGACCAACUCAGCCUUACGGAUUAUCAAAGAUAUGAACAGCGUGGGUGAAUAAGAAACACAUUUUGUCAUUUUUUCUUGGAGAUUAUACUGUGCAAAGCAAUUUACAGUAUGGACUUGACAAAGUAGUAGUGAUAAGUGAGACACUGCUGCUCUCCUGGCCUCCCAGCGCAGGGUCACUGGCACUUACCAAGAGGGGUGGGGUGAAGCAUGGGAGUAUUAAAUUGGUGCAGAACAAUGGAGCCAAUCUCCCCAAGCUUCAUCCCACCUCUUUCCCUCUGUGCUGGAAGUCAGGAAAGCAGCUCCCACCCACAGCACCUCACCAGCCGCUACUGUAUAUGUUACGCUGCCAUGUUCAUUUCACAGCACAUUUGGGGGGUUGGGGUAUGCACAUUUUUGCUCUAUACCACAGGGAGAGCUCAAUCAAGCACCAGAAAGCAUUUACUCCUUCUGCCUGCAUUCCCUUAUAUGUUUUGUUUCCUCCUGGUCUGCCCCUUCCUUUCCGUCAUCACAGAUAGUGAGAUUUCUCUUAGAUGCAUGAUCUUUGUAAUCUUUUUUAAAAGCAACAAGUUAAGACGAUGAUUAAAAAUUAAUAGUGAAUAAUUUAAUAGGAUUAUCCAGCAAAAUGUGUGAUCGGUGACGAAGGCUGCAGUCGUAUACACUUGCAGGGAGUAAAUAAGUCCAGUUGUGGACAGUGGGACUAACUUUUGAGUAGACAUGAUUAGAUUUAUGCUGACAAGCUCCCUCCCAUCCAGAUUUAACGAAGCUGUGAUAUAGUGCUGGGAUACUUCUGUGUACAGCCACAGCUGCUUAAAUAUCAGACACCUUGAGGGCCUGUUGCAGCACAGUAGAUAUUAUUUGCUGGGAUGUUAAAUUGCACCACAGUUGCAAUGUAAAAUGUCUCUUUCUCUUGUCUCUUUCUUUUGCUUUCUAUAAGCUUGGUGUCAUGACCUACACAGAUACAGGGAAACUCAGUCCCGAAACCCAGUCCGCAAUUGAACAAGAAAUAAGAAUGCUUUUAAAGGUAAGAAAAAGUGUGAUGGAAUAACUGGAAUAAAUACUGGGUGAAUAAAGUUUUCCUUUCCUUGGGUUUCAUGUAUAUAUCUAGUAAACCAUAAAAAUGGCCUAAAUUCUAAUUCAGUUCAUGGUCCUGUUAAAAGUUCAGGAACUUCCUUUAGCACUUACUAGCAAUAGAACGUUCUUCUAGCUCCUUGUUGCUAGUAGAUUCCUUUUUCAUAUUCAGUUAUUUAUCUACCUUAUUUUCCCCUUCCAUCCAUUGUGUUUCUUACUUGUUUUAAACUAAAAGAUUUUAUGGAGUCUGGUUUCUGCAAUGAGUAUACAAGAAUAAAAUUGAAACGUGAAUAUUUGUGGCUUUAUUGAAAAUAUUAGUUCAGGGGUCAAUCUUAAAACAGUUUUUAGAAUACAUGUCUUCGAUUUCCAGUUUCAUUGCAAAUGAUCCUUAAUGUGUGUGGUUUUUUUUUAUUAUGUGAUAGGAAUCAUACGAACGAGCGAAGAAUAUAUUGAAGAACCGCACAAAAGAGCACAAGAAUUUAGCGGAAGCAUUGCUGACCUAUGAGACUUUGGAUGCCAAAGAAAUUCAGAUUGUUUUAGAGGGGAAAAAACUAGAAGUGAGAUGAUAUCUUCCUUGUUAAGCGUUCUAAUGGAUUACUUGCAAGAAUGCAGUAGUCUACUUAUGCAGUGUAGCCCGCCCCCCCCCCCCCCGAUGCGUGUGUGGUAAUAAUCACAUUUCUUAAAGAUAAGCAAUUUGUCUUGUGUGCUUUUGUUACAUUUUACCUAACUUUUUGUAUUUCCAUAGAAAGAGAUGCCAGGAGCAAAAGAAGUUCCCACAAGUAUAGAUAAUACGAUCUCAGGGUUGAAUCCCGCUUCUUUGGAAACCUCAAAUACUGAUGCUGAAUAGUAUGUUCUUAACAUAUCUUCCCUAGCUAAUUGCUCCAUGUGGACUUGGACAUGUUCAAUCUUGCGGCUUGAGAUCCCUUGAAAUGCUGCAGGAUUUACAAGUUGCAGAGGGGAUGACACCUCCAUUUAGUCUUAAUUCCAUGGGCAGUUUAUAAAACCAUCACUCAUCAUUUAGGAAAAAAAACCACAGAUUUUAUUUAGCAGGUCACAUAAGACUACAGGAAGCUGGGAACUGGCAUUGCUGUAACAGAGCUGCUCCUUGCCCCCCAUUGGUCUUCUUAUAAAUGCCAGGGUGUUGGAAUCCUGGAGCACAAUAACUGGGCAAAGAAAUAAUAGGGUUUUCUGUUUGGAUGCCUUUAGAUCACAUGACGGGGUACGGGGACGGAGUGGAAAUUAAUAGCUAUGAAGAAUUGCACUGCCUCUUUGGAGUCAGUUGGGAAGACAUUUCCAGUUUAGUUUAGGUGGUAUGGGGGUGUAACUGCAUUGCUCUGAAGGGUGCUAUCCUGUUGAAUUUUAAAAAAUGAGAUCGUGUACGGCUGUUUUAAGAGCUCCCAUCAAUUUUCUUAGAAGGCCGUAUUGAAUCAGUCGGAGAGUAUUUUAGAUUCCUCUUUUUGUUCCUUUUAAAUCACAGUCCAUUUCCCCCAAUAAAAAUACAAUUUUUUAAUUUGAAAUCUUCCAAGUCCUUCAACCCAGGUUAUGAGCACAUAGUACCCAAACAGUAAAAUGUGUUCAGUUAUCUUCUGAAAUGUUAAGAGUUGGGCUAGGGUGGAGUGGGAGACAAUUGCUAGUAGUACUAGUGUUUUGUGGGAGGAUGGGCAGUGGGUGGGUUAUUCUCACAACUUUAACCCCUACACUUCUCCAUUCAAAAUAGGCAUUUAAAAGAGAAAAGGUUUUAUGCCAGUCAGUGGGGGGAAUGGAAUAAAGUUGGCAGUGAACUUUCAGACUAGUGCUAACAUGACAUUGCUGUGAAUACAACUUGACAGUGUACUUACUUUUGAAUUGGUUUAAGAAUUCUUUCAAUUCAGCAAAUUCAGUGCAACUUUCUUUUUUUGCUUUUCCCAUUCAGCUAAUCUAGUAACACAUGGAGGGACCUCAAGACCCUGUCUUAAAGCAGAAUACCAAGCUGCUAUGCUGACACAUUACAAAUAUACUCUUUGUAGUGACUUACAGUGAAAGAUGUGCAAAUAAGGCAUGCGUGGCACUUUUUUUAAAGACAAUAAAGGUUUGUUUUUAAAUAUGCAGAAAGCUUUUCCUCAUUGUAAAUUGCUUUAUCUCUGGUUUCCCUCUUAUGUAAAUUGAGGUGUACAAAACAUAUCUUAAACCUGUAAAUAAAUUUGAGAGUUAACCG